AUGUGCUUGGAUUUGGCGAAGAAGUGUGUCAUCAGUAAUUCAUUUAUUUUAGACGAUCCAGACCUGAAAGAUAUUGACCCUAUGGUAUUAAAACAUUGCCAUGCUGCGGCUGCAACGUGUAUUCUGGAGGCAGGAAAGCAGAAAGCUGACGUAUCUGCUAUAAGCACAUGUCUAGAAGACUGUAAACUGGAUAAAGACAGAAUAGAACAAUUUUGCACCGAAUAUCAGAAAAACAAGGAUGCAUUGGAAAUCCUAUUGGGAAGCAUAGGCAGAUCUCCUCUCCAUAUAACUGAUGUGUCUUGGCGCUUGGAAUAUCAGAUCAAGAGCAAUCAACUUCAUAAAACUUACCAGCCUUCCUACUUGGUGACCUUAAAUGUAGAGAACAGUGAUUCAGGACCACACCCAGAUGUUAGUUUUAGUUGCACGAUGGAGCAAUUACAGGAUUUAGUUGGAAAACUAAAAGAUGCUGCAAAAAGUCUAGACAGAGCAACUCAGAUGUGACUGAAGGAAGAUGUCAGCCUGCUGAGCUGAAGUACUCUCAUUCCUAGGAGUGUCUUCUAAAUGACAAAUGUAUUUCAUCUCUUGAUGCAAACUGUUCUUUUUUUUUUUUAAGUCCUCGGUUUUGGAUUAAGUAAAAUAACUUUUUUUAUGACUGCACUUGGUGUUCCUUGCUCGUGUCAUGUUUUUUUUAAUUAACUCUUGUUAAAUACUUGCUAUUUAACACCACAGUUAACUGUGGUGUUUUCAAAGCAUUCCUUUUAUUUUAUUUUGUGUAUUUUUAGAAUUGUCACUGAUUAUUUUUCUCUGGGAUC